CUGAAUUCACCAAUCUAAGAAACCAUAGCAUGCAUCAGUCUGACAGGAAUUCAAACAUUUCAAGUCAAAAUGGGUAAAGAUAUUUCGUCCCUUGUAAAAGAUUUCAAUUUUCUUUUCAAACUAAUCGCUCUAAUUAUCUGUGUAUUGUGUGUUAUAAUGUGGAGUGCCGACUUGGUCGGUUACGGAGGCAGUUAUCAUUAUAUAGGAGGUAGUAACUACGAUCUUAUAGUAGUGUCCACAGCCGUUUAUGUCUUAAUAUUGGGAAUUUUUGUCAUAAUCUACCUUAUCGACAACAGUAAAAAAAUUUUUGAACUAUUAUUCCUUGCUUGUGGAUGCAUAUUGAAUAUUAUAAGUGGAAUAAUAGAACUAAUUUAUGACAUAAGAAAUGACGGAAAUUGGGCUGCUUUCGUGUUAGGUAUUGGAAUGAUUGCUGCUGGUGUUAUAAUGGCUGUUGACUUGUUCUUCGCAUUUAAAAAAUAAAAUUUGAAAAACAUUUCAUUUUGUUUCAAUUGUUGUAUUUUUGUUCAAUCCAGUAACCACGCCUCACCUGUCAAACGUUGAAAAUUAGACAAACAUGAAAGAAGAGUUUAAAAAACCUGCGUUUUAUUUCAAACUCAUAGUAGCAAUAUUGUGUCUACUCGCCGUCAUAUUAUGGUCUGUGGAUGCAGAAACUUAUGGCGGUUCCGGUACAGGAGCACACUGGAAAAACCACCACGAAUUGAUGGUUGUCACAACGGCUGGUUAUCUGAUAAUAAUGCUAGUUUUCUUAAUAGUCUACAUUUUUGACUCAACUGAACAUAUUUUUGAACUGCUUUUCCUAUUUUUUGGACUUGUUUUGAGCGCUACUGCAGCAAUUUACCAAUUUAUUGUGGGCAUAAAAUACGAUGGGAAUUUCGCCGUGUUUCUCGUCGCAGCCUGUGUUACUGCAAAUGCCGUUUUGAUGGGUUUGGAUUUUUUCCGAGAAGUAAAAUAAUAUUGACUACCGAAAAGUUCGUUUUUGUAAUAAACAAUGCGUCACCUAUCACACAAGUCACUACGUGGGUGUAAACUACCAAUUAAAUGUCCUAGGGUUAAUGUCGAUUAAAUUAUUACU